GAAUCCCGGAAGGUAUCGCGAGUCUUCCCGCUUUGUCUGAUGUCAGGCUGUCCAACAACUAUUUGCGGGGCACGAUCCCCCCAGACUUCGGCAAGUUUUCCCCGCUCAGAAGAUUCGAAGUGGCCUUCAACAACUUGACCGGUGCCUUUCCCGAACAACUGUGCUAUGGCGGCACGCUGUUCGGGGUGGCCGUUUUGGACAACAAUCUCAGCGGGGAGUUGCCGGAGUCACUUGGAAAUUGCAGCACUUUGUCUGUAGCGAUCUUGAACGACAAUGGAUUCACCGGCAAUGUGCCUGGAGGACUCUGGAUGUCGCGGAACUUGACCGCUUUGAUUUUGAGUGGUAAUGGAUUAACUGGCGAGCUUCCCAAGGAGCUGUCCCCAAACCUCACUCGGAUCGAUCUGAGCAACAACAAAUUCUUCGGCGAGAUUCCGAGCACGGUGUCUUCGUGGAGGAACUUGAGGGUAUUUAUUGCUAAUAAUAACCUCCUCAGGGGCACGGUUCCGACUGAAUUGACUCAGCUUCCUUUUCUGACGAGGCUUUUGCUCGGUCAGAACAAGCUCUCCGGGAAUCUUCCCACAGACAUCGUUUCAUGGAAAUCCUUGAUCACUCUGGAUCUUUCUCACAAUCAAUUAACUGGACCCAUUCCUAGCAAAUUCGGUUCCCUACCGGUACUUACACGGUUGGACCUGUCUGAAAACCAACUGUGCGGCUCCAUUCCUCCUGAAAUCGGCCUGCUCAAUCUGACCCUUCUGAAUUUGUCCUCCAACAGUCUCAGCGGACGAGUCCCAUCUAAGUUAGAGAACGACGCAUUAGAGAACGCCAUGUUUGAGUACAGUUUAGAGAACAACCCCGGCCUCUGUUCAUCCUAUUCAUUCAUGACUCCCAAUGUCUGCAAUUCCCAAUCCCGUAGCAAUUUCGCUAUGAUCAUGGUCUUGCCCAUCGCUGCGGCAAUGUUCGUUUUGUUGGCACUGCUAUUCAUUAUCAGAGCUUCCAGAAAGAAGAUGGACCGGUUCGAUUCAACUCCAAAACUGACCCCGUUUCAAAGAUUGAAUUUUACGGAACGGAAUAUUCUGUCAGAACUGAAGGAUGAAAAUGUGAUUGGAAGUGGCGCAUCAGGAAAAGUAUAUAGGAUUAUGGUGAAUUCUUCUGGUGAUACAGUCGCUGUGAAAAGGAUUUCAGAUAACCAAAAGUUAGACCAGAAUCUGGAGAAGCAAUUCUCGGCAGAAGUAGAGAUACUAGGGAACGUAAGGCAUAUAAACAUUAUCAAAUUGGCGUGCUGUAUUUCUUGCGAGAACUCGAAACUCCUAGUGUACGAAUACAUGGAAAAUCGCAGCUUGGACUAUUGGCUUCACAAGAAGGAAAGAUUGUCGCCCGUCUCGGGUGUCGCCAACAAUAUGAUCUUGGAUUGGCCCAAAAGGUUGCAGAUUGCGCGUGGAGCAGCUAAAGGACUUUGCUAUAUGCACAAUGAUUGUUCACCGCCCAUCAUCCACCGAGACGUGAAAUCGAGCAACAUUCUCUUAGACUCUGAGUUCAACGCGAAAAUUGCGGACUUUGGCGUCGCAAGAAUGUUGGCCAAGCAUGGAGAAGCCGUCACGUUGUCAGGUAUUGCCGGAUCUGCCGGCUAUCUUGCGCCAGAGUAUGCUCAUACGACAAAAGUUAACGAGAAGAUCGAUGUUUAUAGCUUUGGGGUUGUUCUCUUGGAAUUGACCACCGGGAGGGAGGCUAAAGGCAGGGACGAAGACAUGUGCCUCGUCGAUUGGGCGUGGCGUCACAUCCUAGAUGGCAAGGCGAUAUCUGAUGCAAUAGAUGAGGAAAUCAACCACGACUCGUUCCUAGGUGAAAUAAGCAGUGUCUUUAAGCUCGGGAUCUUUUGCACCGUGGAGCGUCCUUCCAAGAGGCCUCCAAUGAAGAAGGUAGUGCAAGCGCUACUCAAAUGUAGUGAUCGGCUUUACGUUGUCGAACAGACAUCCCGACGUAACUUAGACGUUGCCCCCCUCCUCGCAAAUCCCAGGCACGAGGAAAUGCCGCCGAGCGCUUGUCGCCUUCACAGGUGCAACACUUACUGACUCUUAGCACUAAAAAACUGCAGAAGCUUUGUGAAGGGAUUUGGACUCCCAACUUCUGGAAAUCUAUUUUCUGAUUCAGCAGAUGCAAAGUGGGUUCUUUUAUAAUCACAAUUUACCCAUCUGGGGUUUUGGGUAUUGGAUGUUAUCUUGAAUGUGAUUAUUUGAAUGAGGUGGGAAUGAAGGGGCUAAGGUUGGAGAAGAUUUGGCAUUUUGUAUUCGCUGUACCUCAAUCU